GGGAUCUGAUGAUGAUCAUGGAAUACUGCCCUUUUGGGAGUCUGGAGAAGUACCUGAGGGCAAAUGAACCGAACUUCGUCGAUCUGAUGGACCGUCACACCAAAACGCUCGAUGACAGCACUGGGAGACAGGGGCAUUGCACCGAUGGUUCUGCAAAAGAAGAUGCUGCACUCAAAGCUCAGAGGGAUGGAACACAAGCAACACAUCCUUCUCGUCUAAGCAGCGAAUGGGUUGUGAAAUAUGUCGCGGCUGCAUCUCCGGCGACUGGCUCCAGAGAAACUGACGCAGUACUCCAGAAGGAUUCUGUUGCCUCUGCCUCCGGGAUUAUUCCAUCUUCCAGUGGAAGUGAGAUUGUUUCAAAACACCCUGCGCUAAAGGGGAACACCAGCCAUCAGUCUUCAGAAGGAAGCGAUCGCUCAGGACAAUUCACGACUAGAAAUCUCGUCUCUUGGGCCUACCAGAUAGCUAAAGGCAUGGAAUACUUGGGUUCCCGUAAGGUUGUCCAUAGGGAUUUGGCCACGAGAAACAUUCUACUUGCAGAAGAAAAAAUCGUGAAAAUCUCCGACUUUGGCCUUGCCAGAGACAUCUAUAAGAACAAUCAGUACAUCACGAAGGGGGAUCACUACAUGGAAAAGUACGAGUUGUUCGAGAAAAAGAACGCAGAGUACUUCCGGACCAAGACGGACUACUUAAAAUUGAUGCCAACUGAUACUGAAGAUGGAUACCUGAUACCGUUGAGUAAAAAGCAUGGAACGGAAGAUGUUUCAACUGCACCCGAACACGUGAAAUCGGAGAAUUUUCAGCCAAAGACGGACAAUCUGCCGAAGAUGGCAACCAUAUCACAAGAGGAUCACCUACAGGGAAGACAGGAACCACAAGUGCAAAAAGAAAAUUCCAGGACACCUGCAAGACUCAUAGACGACCCAUUCUCUGGGAACGAGGAAAAUCGUCACAGUAGAUCCGAGCAAAUUGAGAAUCCGAUAUUCGGAGAUGACUUUAUCGCUGUAUACGAUGAAGAGACCGAGCAAUGUUGAAACGCCACUAGAUCGUACAUCUGACGAGUGGAAACGGAUCGCCCCAAAAGUCAUUGAAGAACGGUGAAAACAAACCAAUGAGUAUGCGAUUGCACUCAUUUGACUUCUUUCCCUUUAAAUGGAUCAGGCAGGGUCGAGGGCGUGAAUGCUCCAUUGUAGAAAAUUGCUCGUCAGUAUCUCUUUCUUCCACAUGGUGAUCGCCACAAGCAGUUUGAAGUAUCCAGUAUGAAAUAUAUUUUGGAG